CACCACGCUCUCCACCGCGGCACCGGCGCGUGAGGCAAGUCUCAACUCCUGAGCUACUCCGUCCCGGGAUGGGACUCCUGUGAGACGAGGGGUCCGCGUCGCUCACCUGAGGCUGGUUGGAAAGAAGAAGAAGAAGAAAAAGAAGAAAAAAAAUCGAUGGAGGGACUUGAGGCGCACGCAGCCGCUCUCACACUCCUGUUCACCUUCACUCGCGGUCCGCGGGGGAGCGCGCUCGUAAGCUGAUUUGACCCGGGGGACGUGAAUACCUCCCCGGGAUUAGAGGGUUAUUGGGUGAACGACAAUGUCCCGCGGCUCGGUCCGGCACUCCCGGCUUUUGUUCGCGCGGCGGCGGACGCACGGUCCGUGUCCUCCACCGGUUCACCUCCUCUAGCUCCCCGCGCCUCCUCCUCGCUGCCUCGCGCCGGUCAGCCAGCCGGUGCGGACGGGAUAAUAUGACUUCCUGGCUCCUCGCUUACGGCAGCGUCCCCCUGUGUCUCCUGCUCGGCUGUCUGACGGUCACGGUCUGCGCUGAAGCCUCCGGCUCCGGUGAGAGUGUGUGCAAGUCGCCCGCGGUCUCUUCUUGUGCAGAUUGUCUCAGACGUGGUCCACAGUGCGCCUGGUGUUUCAAAGAGGACUUUCUCCAUGGGGCAGGCCUGAGCCGGCGCUGCGGCCUGCCAGUCAACCUGCAGAAGCAGGGCUGUGGCCCGGAGUUCAUGGAGCACCCCGACGUCAAGGUGGAAGUCAACGCCACCAUCAGCAGCACACAAGUAUCUCCACAAGACAUCAGCGUAACCCUGAGGCCAGGUUCAGAGGCCAGUUUCAUCGUGGCUGUGAAGCAGCUGGAGCAUUAUCCUGUGGAUCUUUACUACCUGGUGGACGUAUCGGCCUCCAUGCAGGAAAACUUGGAUCAUCUGAAGACAGUGGGCGUAGCUCUGUCCCUUCGCAUGACGGAGCACUCGUCUGACCUGUGGUUGGGUUUCGGCUCCUUUGUGGACAAACCCGUCUCACCUUACAUCAACGUCCAUCCUUCUAAGAUCAAUAACCCUUGCAGCGAUUAUGAGAUCCGCUGCCGCCCGGCGCACGGCUUCCACCACGUCCUCAGCAUGACCGGAAACAUGAGCGAGUUCACGCGGGUCAUCAAACGCCAGCGGAUCUCUGGAAACAUGGACACACCUGAGGGAGGACUGGACGCUAUGCUGCAGGCAGCCGUCUGCCAGAGAGCAAUCGGUUGGCGGCCAGAAGCAAAGCGUCUGCUCCUCCUGAUGACCGACCAGCCCUCCCACCUCGCCCUGGACAGCCGACUGGCCGGGAUUGUGGUGCCACACGACGGCCUGUGUCACCUGGAGAACAACGUCUACACCGGGAGUACCACCAUGGACCAUCCAAGUUUGGGUCAAUUAUCUGACAAACUGCUUGAAAACUACAUCUACUCCAUCUUUGCAGUGGAGAAGCAGCAGUACCAGUGGUACAAGGAUUUGGUGCACUUGCUCCCGGGCUCUUUCCUGGGAAAGUUAGGGCUCUUCCAGGCUCCUAACCUCAUAGAACUGGUGGUGGACGCAUACAAGAGGUUGCUGUCGGAGGUUGCAGUGUCGGUGUCGGUGGAGGACAAAGCCCUCAGCAGGUACUGGGUGUCCGUGUCUCCUCUGUGUCCCGACGGAUCCACUGCGAAGGACCAGAGCUGCUCCGGGGUGCAGCCGGAUCAGACGGUCUACUUCAACAUCACGAUCGGCCUGCGAUCCUGUCCUGACGAUGGUGAAGAUGAAGACGUAACAGUGAUGGUGCGGCCCAUAGGUUACAAUGAGUCCACCGUCGUCAGGAUCCGCUCAAAAUGCCGCUGCAGUUGCGGAUCGACCGGACGCUGUCGUGAUGACAAUCAGUCACCGUGCACGGGGAGCGGCCUGAUGAGAGACUCCAGCACAGAUGCAAACCGGGGCUGCAGAGCAGAUGGCGCCGAUGUGGACUGCAGCGGCCGAGGAGUGUGUGAAUGCGGGAGAUGUGUGUGUGAUCACAGCAGACUCGGGACGGUUUACGGGAAAUACUGUGAGAGGGACGACUUCUCCUGUCCCUACAAAGAAGGGCUGCUGUGUGGAGGUCGAGGUGUGUGUGUGUCGGGCGAGUGUGUGUGCGAGGACGGGUGGACAGGCGAUAGCUGUGGCUGUCCCGUCUCCACAGAAACCUGCCAAUCACCAGACGGCCUGCUCUGCGGUGGGAGGGGCAGGUGUGUGUGUGGGAAGUGUGUGUGUGACGACCCCCAGCACUCUGGAGACUUCUGUGAAAGAUGUCCGGCUUGCCAAAGCUCCUGUCAAUCAUACUGGAAGUGUGUGGAGUGCCACCUCUCUCAUGGUCUCACACAGAAAGAGGGGGGACACUGCAACAACACCUGUGCGCCUCUGGUCGGCUACAAGGACGAUGUCUCAGGACAAGCGGAGGAGAUGUGGAUUCAGUGCAUGUACAUCAGUAAUGACAGCUGCCGCUACAGGUUUCAAACCAGCUCACAGUCGGGUCAGACCCAGCUUCACAUCAGCACAAGACCAGAGUGUGUCAGCAGCAGUCGGCUCGUAGGAACCUUCCUGAGUGUGUGUGCGCUGACUGUGCUGUGUGGGCUGGUCGUGGUGGCCAUGUCCCGCCUGCUGAUGCAGAAGAGGAAGAGCUGGUCACCAGGGGGCGCUGCUGAAGACCCGGACUACCACUGCACUGGAAAGGAUCUGUCAUACAUUCCUACAACCAAUGAGAAGACCGUCACCUACAGGAGGGACCGUCUGCCGGACCGCCCCGUGGAAAUGCACAUCCAGGUUCCCAAGAUGCCCUUCGGUGACCACUGGCAGUGCUAGGCAAAGGUGAAAGGUCAAGGUUUGCGAAGGAAAGAGGCUGAGACAUGAAGAAAGCGCACUGGACUAAAAGCUUCUUUUCUGCCUCUAACCUCCGUAAAGCGUCGCCUCGCCGCGAGUGGAGACUUUGAUGGUGAAUUAAUCAGCGAAAAUCUUCAUGGAAUUACAUUUUAUCAAGUGAACCAACGAACUCAUAGAGCUGUGUGACUAAUAAGGCCAGUACCGAAACAAAGAGCACAAGUCCUCAACCUCUUCUUCCUCUGUAGCAGCAGGGAGGCUUCUUCUUCUGCAGGGUUAAAGAUGAUCAUUCCCAGCUUUUCUAGACAAGCAGCAAUUACUGCUCUAACUUAUGCCUGCAUGUGUCUGCGUGUGUGUGUGUGUAGGCACAUGUCUUUCUAUUUUAGUAGUAUCUAUUUAAAUCGGGCCUGCAGCUGAAGGACUUUAGGCUGGUCCUGAUGGUUUCGCAGCCCGACGUGGAGGAUGAGUUUUGAGUUUAGGGUAGAGGAUUCGGAGUCAGGUUUAGGGCAGGUUCUUGGGAAUACACAGUCACCGAGGAGCCUCACAGAGACAGACAAGUGUGUAAGUGCGUGUGUGUGCGUGCGUGUGCAUGGAAGCUUUCUAUUUAUAGUUUUUUUAUAGUGAAAACACUACAUGUUAUGGGUUUGAAAGACAGAGGCGCUCAAACUGAACUCUCUUCCUGUCUUAGUCUGCCCCCAUGUGGCCAGCAUCAUGUACAACAUUUUAACUCAAAUUAUGCACAUUCCUGACCUCAGUUGUACUGCCUUAGGUACACCAAUGACUUAAUCUGCCUUUUUUCCUAUUUUUUAAUUUUUUUUUUUUACUUUAAUCACAUUUCCAGUAACGCGUGGCAUUCCCUGUCUUUUUUUUGUGGUUUUAAAUGUUUCUUGGUUGCAUCAUGUUUUUGACCAUCAGUCUGCAUUGUUAGUUGUUGUUUUGUGACUUUUAUUUUCUGUCAUCAUGAUCAGUGAGAGUAUAGUUUCACGUGAUUGUCUGUCGUUGAUAAUCUGGUUAGACUUGCACUAGAGCAACUAUUUUGCAUCGUACUACUGAACAAAG